GAGGGGUUGUCUGGAGUGGCGGGAAUCCAUGCGGGGGCCAUGAACAGAGCGGCGCUCCUGGGACUGUCCCGCCUGUGCGCGCUGUGGGCAGCCCUGCUCGUGCUAUUCCCUUGCGGAGCUCAAGGAAACUGGAUGUGGUUGGGCAUCGCCUCCUUUGGGGUUCCGGAGAAACUGGGCUGCGCCAACUUGCCUCUGAACAGCCGCCAGAAGGAGCUGUGCAAGAGGAAACCGUACCUGCUGCCCAGCAUCCGAGAGGGCGCCCGUCUGGGCAUUCAGGAGUGCAGAAGUCAGUUCAGACACGAGAGAUGGAACUGCCAGGUCGCUGCCGCCGCCCCGCCGGGCACCAGCCCGCUCUUUGGCUACGAACUGAGCAGCGGCACCAAGGAAACAGCAUUUAUUUAUGCCGUAAUGGCUGCAGGCCUGGUGCAUUCUGUGACCAGGUCGUGCAGUGCAGGCAACAUGACGGAGUGUUCCUGUGACACUACCUUGCAGAAUGGUGGCUCAGCGAGUGAAGGAUGGCACUGGGGGGGCUGUUCCGAUGAUGUCCAGUAUGGCAUGUGGUUCAGCAGAAAAUUUCUGGAUUUCCCUAUCAGAAACACCACGGGAAAAGAAAGCAAAGUACUGUUAGCAAUGAACCUUCAUAACAAUGAAGCUGGAAGGCAGGCUGUUGCCAAGUUGAUGUCAGUGGACUGCCGCUGUCACGGAGUGUCUGGCUCUUGUGCUGUGAAAACAUGCUGGAAAACCAUGUCUUCUUUUGAAAAGAUCGGCCACUUGUUGAAGGAUAAAUAUGAAAACAGUGUUCAAGUCUCAGACAAAAUAAAAAGGAAAAUACGCAGGAGAGAAAAAGACCAGAGGAAAGUACCGAUCCGCAAAGAUGAUCUACUCUACGUGAAUAAGUCUCCCAAUUACUGUGUGGAGGAUAAGAAAUUAGGGAUCCCGGGGACACAAGGCAGAGAAUGCAACCGUACCUCGGAGAGUGCAGAUGGCUGUAACCUCCUCUGCUGUGGCCGAGGCUACAACACCCACGUGGUCAGACACGUGGAAAGGUGUGAGUGCAAGUUUAUCUGGUGCUGCUAUGUUCGCUGCAGGAGGUGUGAAAGCAUGACUGAUGUCCACACUUGCAAGUAACCACUCCAUCCGCCCUUGGGCAGCACUCCUUACUGACCACAGUAGAGUGCCACAUUGCAGGGUGAGUGAACUCCACUCACGCCUUGGAAUUCCCAGAUCUUGGGACCCUCUCAGAGUUCCCUUUACCCGGUCAGUGUCCAAUCACACACUGAGCAAGUGGAUUUGGGAGAAUUCUAAAAGGUUUGGGUUCAUAUUUUGGUGAUUUGGGAAAUAUAUAUGGCAUAUAAGGAAGAUAAUCUGCCUCCUAAGGUAGAAAUAACAGAAAAGAAACUUCAUGUGGAAGACCUGGUCCAUCCUCAGGUUAAGAUCCUUGGCUGUGGAACUCAGUCAUGAAACUCUAUAGCGCUGGAUGAAUAUUAGUCAUUUUUAAAAGAUCCCUCUAGUAGCAGGAAGGAGCAGUACACAUGAAUCUCCUUUAUUCUCUCAGUAUUUUAGAUGAAGAAAUGUUAAGUGUUUAUGCAUAG